ACUCUCACUCUCUCGCGCCGUGAAAUCGUGUGUUUGACCAGAGGCUGUGCCUACAUGGGAAGUGAGAAGGUGUAGCUGGAGGAGUGCCCAGCAGCGAGAGAAGCGAGUCAGUCAGGAGGGAGGAGGAGAGCAGCCCUCAGCAGUGGCUCUAGAGAGAGAGACAGCCACACUGACACUCACUGCCUCGCUCAACCACAGUCCAAAUCUACAGGAGUCCAACUGAAGACCAUCCCAGAGCUUUAGUGUGAGACGUCCAGAAUCCUGGUCCAUUCAAAGCUGGAGGAAUUUCACCGUAUCUCAUCAAGGAGAAGAACCGAGCAUGGCAGAUGGACCUUCUAAGACUUAUCUUGGUUCAGUCUUCACCACCAGAAGAACCCAGUAUUGUGGAUGAUCUAUCUUCUAAGACCAUCUAAAGGCAGUAAGAAGUGUUACCAGGUCAGCCUGAGAUUUUCUCCACCGGAAGAACCCAGCAUUGUGGAUGAUCUACCUUCCAAGAACAUCUCAGCUGAAUAACAAAUGCAAGCUUGUCUUUGGUCACAGAAGAACGCAGCACAGUGGAUCAUCCACCUUCUAACACCAUCUCAACUCAACAAGUGUAGUCAGGUCAGAUUUUCACAUCAGAAGAACGCGUUAUGGUGGAUGGUCUACCUUCUCACACAUUCUGUUCCAGUGAGGUUCUCAACAAAAAAUAAGUGUGAUCAGGUCAGACUGAGGUUUUUACCACCAGAAGAACCCAGUGUGGUGGAUGAUCCGCCUUCUAAGACCAUCUAAACUCAGCAACAAGUGCAGUCAUGUCAGACUGAGGUUUGCACCACCAAAAGAACUCAACAUGGUGGAUAGUCUACCUUCUAAGACCAUCUAAACUCAGCAAGUGUGGUCAGGCCAGCCUGAGCUUUUUACCACUAGAAGAACCCAGCAUGGUGGACGAUCUACUUUCUAAGAGCAUCUAAAGGCAGUGCAGUCAGGUCAGUCUGCAUGGUAGGUAAUCUACCUUCUAAGACCUUCUAAACUCAUCAACAAGUGUGCUCAGAUUAUACUGAGGUUUCCACCACAUGAGGAGCCCACUAUAUUAGAUGGUUUACCUUCUAAGACCAUCUUAAUUCAGUAGUAAGUGGGAUUAAAUCAAAUCAGUCGGCCGCCAUGCGUCGGGACCGGUUCCUGCUGGCCAUCACUCUGACCACAGUCCUAGUGGCUGAUGUCUAUUUCGUGCUGCUGCCCAGGCUGAGAGACUGGUAUCACCUGUCCAGGAAUGGCUGCACCUGCCAGGGGGUGAAUUUUAGCAUCGAGUAUCAGGGACAAACUUCCCAAAAAUGGACCUCAGGCUCCAACACCACCUUCGAGCAGGAGUCCAAGCUGGAGAGGCUGUUCAGCCACCCUCUGUACAACAUCCGUCUACCAGAGCUUGCUCCAGACGAGAGGCUGCUGGAGGAGGAGGAGCUGAUGGGGUAUUACAGGAGGAAGGUGACCCGCUGGGAGAGGCAGCAGAAGUUGUACGUCGAAGCCGCCGCAGCGUCCAACAUCUCCAUUCCUGAGCAACCCGUGACCUUUGAGCCUAAUGCUAGCUGGCUGAAAUUCCACUUGGGGAUUAACCGCUACGCCCUGUACUCCAGAGAUGACCACAGCAUCGACAGGCUACUGCAGGACAUGCAGAGCGCACCCAUCAUCAGUGCAGAUUACACUCAGGACGAGAAGGCCUUAAAGGGAGCCUGCGACUGCUCACAGGUGGUCAAGCCGAGUGGGCAUCACCUGAAACUGGCGCUGAAGUUGCAAGACUUUGGGAAAGCUAUGUUUAAACCUAUGAGACAGGAGCGACACGAGGAGACACCCGAGGACUUCUUUUACUUUGUCGACUUCCAGAGACACAAUGCUGAGAUCGCAUCUUUCCAUCUGGACAGAGUGCUGGACUUCCGGAGAGUUCCUCCUGUGGUGGGGAGACUCAUCAACGUGACAGGAGAGAUCUUGUACACCACUCACAGCGAUGACCUCCGCAGUGUCUUCUUCACCUCGCCAGCGAACAACACCUGCUUCUUUGCCAAGUGUCUGUACGUGUGUAAGACGGAGUACGCAGUGUGUGGGCACCCACACCUGCUGGAGGGAUCCAUGUCUGCAUACCUGCCCGGCCUGAGCAUCGCCCCCCGGAUCUCCAUCCCCAACCCCUGGAUCCGCUCCUACACCUUCACCGGCAGAGAAGAGUGGGAGGUCAAUCCAGCAUACUGCAACACGAUCAAGGGGCUCUACCCUUACAGCUCCGGAAACCGACUGCUCAACAUCAUUGACAUGACCAUAUUUGACUUCCUCACAGGGAACAUGGAUCGACACCACUACGAAAUCUUUACUAAGUUUGGUGACGAAGGCUUUCUGCUUCACCUGGACAACGCCAGAGGGUUUGGACGGCACUCCCAUGAUGAGAUGUCCAUUCUGGCACCGCUGACCCAGUGCUGCAUCAUCAAGCGCUCCACCCUGCUGCGUCUCCGGCUGCUGGCCCGGCCCGAGUACCGGCUGAGCGACGUGAUGAGGGAGUCUUUGGGCCAAGACCCCCUCAUGCCCAUCCUGACCGAGCCCCACCUGCAGGCGCUGGACCGGCGGCUGGGCCGAGUGCUGAAGGCCAUGGACCGAUGCAUAAAGAAGCUGGGCGAGGCGCAGGUGGUGGUCACGGACUUUGUGGCCUCCAGUGGCGCGACAGGAAGAGGGACGAGGGUCAGAGUUGGUGAUAUACAAGACAAGAGCGAGGAGAGAGAAGAAGGCUGGAGCUGAGGGACGUGUGGACUCUCCUCGGGCCCCAGAGAGACCUUUGGUGUUUUGGUUCCGUCAGUUGCCUGUGGAGCGAGCGUAAUGUGUAGCUGAACAGAGACAGACUGGUUGAUGUGCAGAUAAUGUACCGGAUGUCAGAAGCUUCACAAACCACUGUUUUCCGGGAGGAAAGUAUUGACAGAUAUAUCGUGAUGGUUUCCGAGAAGCUGAAGAGGGGCUGCCUUUCAGCCAGCUGCUCUCAGAGUGCGAGAGAGGGAGGAGACUUUGUCUUCUAGUUUUCAGCUCCUUUUGAACACUCAUUAGUGACAGCUGAGCUGUAAUGAUCCUUCACACAAACAAGACACGUAAGCAUGUUUUAGUGAGAGAGGGAGAGAAGGAAGGAGAGAGAGGGAGAGGGAGACGGAGAGGCGGAGGGUGAAGAGAGCAGUUAAGAGCUUGAUUUCUCCACAGGAAAGUGUACGCCAUUAAAACGUCGAAAACAGAUAGACUUUAUGGCUUUCUUUCCAGACGGAGAGCGAGCCGUAUAAUCCUUGGCUCUCUGUUUUGGACUCAGCUCGUGGGCUUUCGUGUGGAAUCUCCAAAAUGGCCCAGAACAGAAAUCAUCCGAUGUGUCUAGAGGCGGCUGUGCCUCGCCAAAGCUUUGUUCCAGCCUGCGGUAUGCCAUUUCUUGCAACAGAAGUGUUGAUGCAAGGUGGCUUUAAAGCGAGAUAGAACAUGUUUGUUCUGUCUUAAUUGACCCAAUCCGUGAAACUGAAACAUUGAGCAAAAAGUGUUUGAGCCCAAACAAAGCACAGUUGUGCUUGGGGUUUAAUUCCCAUUCACAGAAGCUGAGCCAUUAUUUUUAAUGUAACCUAGGCUCAGUUUUGCCUGGGACAUUCCAACACACUUAAAGGGGCACUCAAGUCAAAAUGAGAAAUGUAACCAUUGCUACUUCUGUUGUAAACAAGCAUGCUCGCCUCCUUCUGUGGUGCUGCAGCGUUGUUUGAGUGAGAUUUUCAGGUUUAAAGACUAGGAAAACCUUCGGAUGAUAUAUCCUGAAGGUGGGAGGAACUAUUAAGAUUAAAGGGGCACUCAAGUCAAAAUGAGAAAUGUAACCUUCACUACGUCUGUUGUAAACUAGCACACUCACCUCCUGCUGCGGUAUCACACUGUUAUUUGAGUGAAAAUUUCAGGUUUAAAGACUAGGAAAACCUUCGGAUGAUGCAUCCUGAAGGUGGGAGGAACUAACAGAAAAACUGCAAGCGUUUUGAAGGUCUAUACGUGAAGGAGGUGCUUGUUGAAAUGUUUUUUCUCUCUAGCUGAUUAAUGCAGACAGAAGCCAGAUAGCUAACUUUAGGUCAGGAUUAAUGUUUAUUGCUGUGGAGAGGAUUCCCAGUGGUUGCAUGCUGGGUAUUGUAGUGAGAGAACAUUAUUGGAUGGAGACCAAAGGUAUAGAAAAAUAUUAACAUGACAAAUGACAUAAUAAAUGCUAGUUUUAGUCCAGAAUGGCCCUUUAAAAUAAAGCAUAAUGUGCCUUAAUAUACUAAAACAAAAAGGAACAGAACAUUUAUCUAACAUAUUACUGGUCAUGAACUCUAUGUUCUGUGAAAAGAACCAUGCAGUGCUUUUUUCCCUUCCCACUUACAAAAGGAUGAACCUCUAAUCCAAAAAUAAAGCAAAAUAAAAUACA